GGAGGUCGGCCUUCUCUGGACCCUGCAGUCGGGCGCGCCCACAGAAAGCCCUGCCGGGGAGCCGUUUGCGUGCUCUAAGUUCAUAGUAGCUGUAGGACACAACGCUGCAGCUUUCCUCUCUUCUUUUAUUCUGGAUUCUGUAUGCUGGGAAGUUAUUGGAGUUGUGAAGCUGUGGAACGAGUGGUGUCGAACAUCCAGCACAACAAAUGUCCUCCCGACAGAUUCUUUUUGUUUGUUCUACCGAUUAAUAUCAGAUCCAACAGUUUUGUUGUGCCAGUGUAGUUGCUACAUUGCUGAGGAUCAGCAGUUCCAGUGGCUUGAAAAGGUUUUUGGCUGUAUGCGAAAGGAGGGCUUGCAAGUAACCAUUCUUUCAACGUGUCCUGUAGCUGAUUACAAAACUCAGGAAUCCACUUUAACGCUUCCAUCUCCGUUUCUGAAAGCCUUGAAGACAAAAGAAUUCAAAGAGCAGGUCUGCUGCCCACUGCUGGAACAACCCAACAUCGUGAGAGAUCUUCCUGCUGCUGUUUUGAGUUACUGUCAAGUAUGGCAGAUUCCUGCGGUGUUGUAUCAGUGCUACACUGACGUCAUCAAGCUGGACACGGUUACAGUUGAAGCGUUCAAGCCUCUGCUGUCCUCUAAAAUCCUGAAGAGCUUAGUCAAGGAUGUUUCUGAAAGCACAAAGAUUUUGAAGAAGUUACUGACAACCAAUGAAACUCACAAUACUAUCUAUAUCUGAGGAGGACGUUUGUGAUGCAGACCGCACUUUUGUGAACUCCAGUUUCGUCUGUAAAGGACAUCUGUG